AUGGGGCUUUGCGGAAGUAAAACCCAACCAAUGCCUUCACAAACUACGACGGUGGCAACUAAAGCAAGAACAAAACCAAUUAAUCGUGAUACAGUCAAGUCAAAGCAAGAACUUCGACAUAAAGAGAAGAAAGAUAAAAAGAAGAAGACACAACUAAAGAGUACAACUGUCCCGGUUGUGCAAAGGAAAGAAGGCAGCAAAUUAACUGAUACAAGUGAUCCGAGCAAAAAUAAAGUUAGCCCAAAGGAGGCCGCAAGGUUAGCUGCUGAGAAGAGAUUUCAAGAGACGAAUGAAAAGUACAAUAAGGGCGAGUUAGGCAAAAAGCUAGCUCAAGAGCGUGCCAAGUCUCAUAAGACUCGCUUAAUGGAAGAGGCCGAGAAAAAGCAUGCUGAGAGGGAAAGGGAAAACAUGAUUUAUGACUGA